UUAUUGGCCAUCGAAGCUGCUAUUCAGAUCUUUGAUUCUUUUCAAGUUGCUCUGUCCUUUCCUUAUUAAUUCAUCCUUUGUAUGUUAAGGACAUGAGCCCCGUGUCUGCUGACAUGUUAAGGGGACACACUCUCUCUGGGGAUGCGAUUCUUUCCACUGUGCAUAUUGUGGGGCGGGGGUUGUUCUCUAGUUUCCGAGUCUGCCAGCCAUUUCAUUUCUGGCUUAUGAGAUGCCGAAUCUUGCUAGAUGAACUUCUGCCAUUCCCGGACAGAAAACACUGGUCCCAGGCAUUCUGCUAGAUCUUUUAUUUGUUAUUAAGUCUUUUUUCGUUUGUUAUUAAAUUGUAGCUCUUUGCUCAGCUUCAUGUAUUUUGAGUAAGAAUUGAGCUUUCUGCGGUCUCCCCAAAUGGUGGCAGAGCCUAAUAGAGGAAUCACAGCUCCCUCUCUAAUCUCCCCUAGGAAGGUUCAGAGCUCCUUUGACCUGAGCGUCAAAGGCAUCACCAUUUCAGUGGACCUCCUGCUGGGCAGCAAUCCCUCAGGGAGACCCACCGUCACUACUUCCCAGUGCAACAGCCGCAUCCGAGAUGUUGACUUGGACAUAUCUGGAAAACUGGGGUGGCUGCUGGAACUUUUCCAAAACCAGAUCGAGUCCAAGUUCCGAAGAAUUCUGGAGAGUAGGGUAAGAUAAAGGCCACUGGGAAGGAAGGGGGUCUUCAAG